AUGGCUGCCGCCGCUGCCGGCCCUGGGGCGCCGCUGUCCCCGGACGAAUUGCUUCCGAAAGGCGAUGCUGAGAAACCUGAGGAGGAGCUGGAGGAGGAAGACGACGAGGAGUUAGAUGAGACUCUGUCGGAGAGACUGUGGGGUCUGACGGAGAUGUUCCCGGAGAGAGUCCGGUCCGCAGCUGGAGCCACUUUUGAGCUCUCCCUCUUCGUGGCUCAAAAAAUGUACAGGUUUUCCAGGGCAGCCUUGUGGAUUGGCACCACCUCUUUCAUGAUCCUGGUCCUUCCGGUCGUCUUUGAGACUGAGAAGUUGCAGGUGGAGCAGCAGCAGCAACUGCAGCAGCGGCAGAUACUUCUAGGGCCUAAUACAGGGCUGUCAGGAGGAAUGCCCGGGGCUCUACCUUCACUUCCUGGAAAGAUCUAGAUUGUUACUGCUAUGUUUGGCCUGUCUUGGUGGGAGAAGUUUGAAAAUUCAAUAGUGUUUGAACUGCUGAUUAUUGGAUUUUUUUUAUUUUUUA